UCGGUCGCCCUCUCCCCCCUCUCUCGCCCUUGUUCGCUCGCUCUCUCGCUAGGGUUUCCAAUGCGCUGAGGGCCUCCGACCCAUCAUCUCGCCAUCGGCCCCGAUCCACCAUCUCUCUUCGAGAAGGGGGCAAGGGGUUAAAAUAGCAGAAGAAUUCAAGGAUCAGAGUUUCCCGCCAUCGCUGCUUCUCUCUCCUGCUCUCUUCAUUCAUCGUUCGCCUCCAUCCCCUAGGGUUCGACUCGAGGUGGUCCACUUGAUCGCAAGCCUCGACCUCGGAUCUCCGGGAUGAAUAAGAUUAGGUUUUCUAGAUUGCUGCUAAUGUACUUUUGAGGGAUCCUCAAUAGAAUAAAGAUGAGUUCAGCCAUUCCUGUAUGAUAUAUGGAACAUGAUCGACCAGUGGAAAUGUUCUAGUGUUGCCAUGUAUAUGUAGAGAAGCAGAGAAGCAAACCAGGUGGCUGAUCUGUUGGUCAAUUUGGCUACUGCAGACAACUCCUUUUGAUUGAAGCAUUCCCAUAGCAAUUGGCAGUAAGAGCCUCGGCUGAAGCCUAUGGGAUAGGCUUUGAGCAUGUCUAAUAGACUACAGCAUGGCAGGAGCUAGUGACACUGAACCAGUCAGUCCAGAAACAACAACUCCACAACCUUCAAGGCGCAGGAGAAAGAAGUCAUUGGUCUGGGAACACUUUACCAUUGAAGCUGUGUCGGGAGGAUGUACACGGGCUUGUUGCAAAUUGUGCAAACAAACCUUCGCUUACAGUAGUGGUUCAAAGAUUGCAGGCACUAGCCACCUCAAGAGGCACAUUGCUCUGGGCUCCUGUCCUAAAAUCAAAAAUCAGGAAAAGAAACAGCUUGCACUUACUUCAGGUUCAAAAAUCGAUGAUACUUCCUCUGAACCACCUCCCAAAAGACGUUACAGAAUCUCUGGCUUUGCAAAUGCUGCAUUUGACCAGGAUGUUAGCUGCGUUUAUCUUGCAAAGAUGAUCAUUGUGCAUGACUACCCUCUUCACAUGGUGGAACAUCCUGCUUUCAUAUCAUUCAUUCAAAGUCUUCAGCCUCGGUUCAAGAUGGUAGACUUCAAUUCCAUUGAAGCAGAAAUAUUAGCCAUUUAUCAUAAGGAAAAGCAAAACCUCAUGCAAGUCUUUGGAACUAUGCCUGGAAGAGUCAGCCUCACCAUAGGCUUGUGGACAACAAGUCAGACUCUCGGAUAUGUCUGUCUUACUGGACAAUUCAUCGACAGUGACUGGAGGCUGCACAGAAGAAUGCUUAACUUCAUGAUGGUAUCGUCUCCUCAUUCAGAAAAUGCUCUUAGUGAAGUUAUUGGGGUUAGCCUUUCAGAUUGGAACAUGAAGUCCAAGUUAUUCACCAUCACUUUAGACAAUAAUUGCUCGUCCCAUGACAUCUAUAGUGCAAAUCUCAGAGAUCACCUGUCCAACAAGAACACACUCAUGCUCAAAGGUCAGUUGUUUGUUGUCCGUUGCUACGCCCAUAUCUUGAAUGUAGUUGCUCAGGAUGUGAUUGCUUCAAUUCAUGGUAUUAUAUACAACAUCCGUGAAAGUGUGAAAUUUGUUAAAGCUUCUCUAGCCCGUGAAGAAAAAUUUGCUGAGAUUGCCUUACAACUUGAAAUUCCUAGCACAAAGACCUUAUCUCUUGAUGUUACAACACAGUGGAACACAACUUACCUCCUGCUGGUGGCCGCCCUGGAAUAUAAACAAGCAUUUACUGUCUUGGAGACAUGCGAUGAUAACUAUAAUGAAGCACCAUCGACUGAGGACUGGAAGAAGGUGGAGAUUGUUUGCACAUAUCUGAAGCUUUUGUAUGAUUCUGCAAAUGUCAUUAUGGCAACAGCUGAUCCAACUGCAAAUAUAUUUUUCCAUGAAGCAUGGAAAAUCCAACUAGAGCUGGCUACUGCAACAAUGAAUGAGGAUGUUUUGGUGAGCAGCAUUGCUAAAGAGAUGCAUGAGAAGUUUGACAAAUAUUGGAAAGAUUGCAGCCUUGUCUUGGCAAUUGCUGUGGUUAUGGACCCUCGUUUCAAGAUGAAGCUUGUCGAGUUCAGUUUCUCAAAAAUUUACGGUGCAGAUGCUGCUAGAUAUGUCAAGGUAGUGGACGAUAGCAUUCACGAGCUCUAUCUUGAGUAUGUUGCCCAACCACUUCCACUGACUCCAGCUUACGAAGAACAAGGGGAAGCCACCACCAACAACAUCAAUGGCAAUGACAGCUGUCGGCCUGCAACCCCGGCUUCCACUGGUGAUGGGCUUCUAGACUUUGAUCUCUAUCUCUCUGAGAUGGCCGUGAACCAGCCAACUAAGUCAGAGCUUGAUCAGUAUUUGGAAGAGUCCCUUGUCCCACGGAUCCAAGAGUUUGAUAUCUUGAACUGGUGGAAGCUCAACAAUCUCAAGUAUCCAACGCUUUCCAAGAUGGCUCGGGAUAUCUUGGCCAUUCCAAUGUCCAUGGUGAGUACAGGCUCCUCCAUAUUUGCCAGUGGAACUGGGAGCAGAGUGCUCGAUGAGUAUCGAAGCUCCUUGCGUCCUGAGACAGUGGAGGCGCUGUUCUGUGCAAAAGACUGGCUCCAAUAUUUGCCCACCAUGGCAGAGCCACCAUCAACAGCUAUCGUCAAAAUGGAGAUGUAGGUUAUGCAUAAAUAUUUUAUCACUUUUUUUUAGCAGCUUUCAUGUAUGGAUGAGCAUAUAUUGCUUGAGUGCUGCAUCAACUUGUUAACUUUGUAGGACAAUGACAGGGCAUCCUAGCACUCAGCUUUAUUUGCUGUGUAUUGGCUUCCACUUAUCUUUGUCGGACAUUUUAAAUGAUGUCUAGUUGCUUCAUAUUCCGUUUCA